AUGCCUUAUAAGUGGGGCAUCAAUCCAGACUGGACCUAUAACGACACACACCCUGCCGAGUUCUACAGUGGUGCGAGUAAGGCCGGGACGCUAGUGCUGAUGCUCAACACGCUCGAGACCGAGGCGGAAAAGGCAGCGGUUUGGAGUGAGAUUCCACAGUUGAGCAAUGGCAAGUGCUUCCAGGUCAUCAACGUGUGGACGGGCGAGGAUCUAGGAUGCGUGAGCGAGAGCUAUAAGGCGAAGGUGGCAAGACAUGAUACAGCUGUCUUACUUGUGAGUAAGAGCUCGAGCUGUGAUUGUAAAUGA